ACUAGAAUGACAUCAUGAAGAGUUGUGUGCUUCUGUUUUGUAGGUUUGCUGUAAUUGAGAACAUCCAGUUUAGUCAGUCGCACAUAGUUGUGUUCAUAUCAUCUCACUUGUGUGUGUAUGUAAAUGACUAACAGCUUUGAUGAUCUUCACUGAUUCUGGGAAGAGUUACAUGAACAUCAAUAUCAAUAUGAAGAGCUUUAAUACGCUUGUUUCCAUUUUUUGUUCUACGAAGAUCUGGAAUACUGUUAAGUGUUACAUUAUAUGUGAGAAUUCCCUGUUUUAACCUUUUUAUCAUUUAUUUCUAUUGCUACAUCAGUGAGACUUGUUGACUCUCCGCUGAGGGAUGAGUUUGUGCUUGAGUUUAUUAGACAUAAAGUAGCAAUACAUCAGCAUCACGCUUUGUCGAGGAUAACGCAACUUAUUUCCAUUGUGCUUCCUCCUGUGACAACAGGUGUAUUUGGAACACACACUUCAGGCUAAAACAAAUAACCAACAUCAAAACACACCGAUUCCUAAACCCUGGAUAGAGUUUAAACAUCAGAAAAAAUGUCAGUCUAUGCACAAGUUUUCUGUUUUUAAAAAGGACAAUAAACAUGCGUUAUGGAUGUGACAAAAAAAGACACGUUUUUUGGGAAACGACAAACUUUGUAGGAUUUCUGUGAAUUAAAAUGCACAAACCUGAAGCAAUUAUACCCAACAAAAAGAGAUGGGAUGUGUCUUUAUAGAACAUAAAAUAGUUACUUUAUUUUCAUGGGUUCAUUUAUGAGGAAUAUGUAGCGUAAUGGCACUUACCUGACUAUGAAAAAUCAUGCGCUAAAAAUAAAACGUGAAGAGACCUGACAUGGGUAUCCACCAAAUGUUCACAUCUGUGCUGUCAGUAAAGCAGUAGUGUAGCCACAUUUACAUGUACGGCCCCUCAGAGUUUCGAUGGCUAAAAAUAAGGAAUUGUUGAUUUGUUACUCUGCUUGAUUGACCAAUCAGUGCUCCCCGCUGUUUUCAAAGUUAUCGGUUUAAUUAUGUCGCGCGUUGUGCGUAACAUCUUUUGCUCCAAGAGUUUAAUUUGUACGCUGCGAUGGCGUUUUUUAAGAAUGAAAAAAAAAGAUGAGCAAGAAGAAAAUGAGUAGACUGCUAAAGAUAACGAUGACACUGCAUAUGACUUCUUGUAGUGUCGAAAGACUUUUCUCAACAGAAACUUUUCUCACUCUCGAACACUCCGCAUUGUCAUGUAAAGGUAAGCCAAUUGUUUGAUUGGUCGAUGCCGAGCUUUCUGCGGUUCUUAAUCCUGGUCCUCACAACCCCCCGCUCUGCAUAUUUUGUAUGCGUCUCUUACCGCUUCAGAGGUUUGUUCAAUUCACUCGUAAGAGCCCUGCGAAGUGGACAUAAAGGGCAUUGAAGUGCACAAAGCGUGACUAUUGCACAAAUCUCAUGAUUGCAGUUAAAUAACCCUUCAAACUUCCGUAGUAAGUUUUGUCCAUUUGUGAAGACGCUUUAGGCAGUUGAGUAGCACAAAUUCGUGUUCAGAAGUAAACUUCAGCCGAUUUCCUGUGAACACUGUGUAGGGACCAUGUCAAUGGGAGCACAGUUCAUUCAUGGAGCGCUCUUCUAACGAGCUGGUGAUUUAAAUCAGGUGUGUUAAAGGAGAGAGAGAGAGACGCAAAAUAUGCAGAGCGGGGGGUCACGAGGACCAGGAUUAAGAACCGCUAGGCUAUGUUUAUGGUUGCUAAAACGGUGAGAUGUAUAAUACAGGUGUAUCAUGUUAGUAAGAGAUAGAAACCUAAUGAAAUGGCUAUAUACAUUUACAUAUUCAUAAUGGCCCCCGCAAAAAUAACAUUCUGGCUACGCCACUGCAGUAUAGUCAAAACCUUUGGUAAAAACAUUCAUGGUAAGGUUGACAUUUUCCUGGAAUUGCCAUUCUGAUAAAUCCCCCAUAAUCCUUUAGAACCUUGCUAUUCAUGGGCAGGGUGUUGUGUUUACGAUGUUGGUCUUGGUGGUGAAAUGAUGACGCAGUUGUGUCUCUACAGCUGUGUUUGUGUGUCUCAUUCUUCCCUUCCUUUCUUCCUCAUCGUUGUUGGUUGUCUAGUCCGGCUCUCUGUCCUCAGUUAAGGAAGAUUCGCUUUCUGUGAAUGAGUCAAAUCCUCCCAAUCUAGUGAUGAGUGUGUCUACUCUCACAGUGUCUUCUUCCUCUAAUCCAGAAGACAUCGGUGUUCCUCCUCAGGCCUCUUACGAUCCUACGAAUGAUUGUUCAUCACGUCUGCUGGAACUGCACAUUGUUGAGGAAGCAGUAAGUUCAGGUCCAGUUUCCAGAAGCAUGUCUUCCGAGACGUCUGGGUCAACUCUCAAAACUCAUCUGAUGUUAGAUUCUAGCGCGAAGAGUUCAAGUCUCCCGGUGUCUUGUGUGAAUGACUCUCAGAUGAGUGUCAACACAGUGGUGAGGAUCUCAAGCCCCGUGCCCGCUGACUCCACAUCUGUGACUGCGGCUCAACGCCCACCGGAGGUCAUUAAGAGCUCCAAUCAAACUGAAGAUGUGAAAAGUCCCGUUGUGAAUGUGAAAACCUCCAGCCCGAGCACAGCUCCCACGAGCAGCAGUCACGUUACAGCAUUGAACAGCUCUAAAGUCAAUGCCAAGAGUGCGGUUCCUGAUCCUGUGCCAGCAAUCACUACACCACUCGCUUCUCCUGUCUGGAGACUUGCAUCAACUCCCAAGACUUCCAGAAAGAACCUGGAGAACUCCGAAUCAGACACACUGAGGGUGAAGCCUCAACUGGAGGUGUCCAGUCAUUCCCAACCCGAAUCCAUCAGACAUGAGCCUUUGACCUCGUCUGACAGCGAGCAAUGGAGGUUGACGGUUGAAGAUGUUGAAGGUGCAGAGAGCUGCUGGACGAAGGAUGGUGUGUUCUUGGAGACGUCAGAUCUUCCUCUGGAUCUUCCUCUUCUUCAGCCGUCAGCAGUUGAAAGACUGUCUGCUUCAGGACAACUUAAAUCUGUAAUCAGACGCACGAAGGAAACAUCUAAUGUCCACCCGAUGUUUCGAGAAGGUCACGUGCGCAGAAAGAUGGGUCCACUCGUUCUUAACAAAACAAACUCUCAGGAUCGCCUCAUUGAAGAGCUGCAGGGCAAACUGGGAAUCGGCCGCUCUGAGCGAGCACAGAAAAAAGCCGCUCAUUGGCUAACAGAAGGAGUCAUAGUGUGUUCCAGCCCACAGCGUCUAGGACAAGAGGGUUGUGUUUCACCCAGUGUGGAGAAGAUCAUUAUUCCUCCACACUCACCAAAUCCUCCAAAAAAACUCCUAAUUCACCCUGUCCCAAAAAAGAUGCCUGCUCCUCUUCCCCCACCACCUCUGCCCCCCAGAGAACCCUCUCCUCCUCCUCCGUCACCUCCACCUAAAGACCCCAGUCCUCCUCCUCUGAUCCCUCCUUCUCCAUCUCCUCCACCCAAACCUGUGACUCCGCCCCCUCCUGUGAAGGUUUUAGCAUCAGUGGCCUGUCAAACAGAAUAUCAGCCUCUGUUUCCACCGGUACAGGAAUCAACUUGCUCUCUGUAUAUCUGAAUCUCAUCUCGCACCUUCUCCUUGCUUCUCUCUCUCUCCCUCCCUCUCCCUCUCUCUCGCUCUCUCUCCCUCUCUCCCUCUCUCUCUCUCUCUCUCUCUCUCUCUCUCUCUCUCUCUCUCUCUCUCUCUCUCUCUCUCUCUCUCUCUCUCUCUCUCUCUCUCUCU